AUGGCACCUAAGAAGAAGUUGAUUGCUAACAAACUCGAGUCUAGUUUAUGGAUAUCUCAGAGGAACCAACAACAACCUCCUCAAGAGCUCAAUGAGGAACGAAAUCCGGGGUUGUACGAGCAAGAACCAACGGUCAUCAAAAAUUUAAAAUGGGAAAUUUAUGGGAAUGUUGUGCAACGAGAUAGGUAUGAAA